AGUGUUUCGGACCUGCUUGUAUUACAAAUUACUGUUGUAUCUGCGAUGCAGUUGUAACUGGACGUCCUGUGUUUUUAUGCUCAAUCUGGCCGCCUUACCGGAGGCCCCGAGCCGACGGGGAGCAGUUGGCGUCCUGGAGGCCUAGGGAGUGGAGCCCGACACUGGGCUGCCGGGGCGGGACAUGGAGGCCGGCCGAUGACCAGCGCCUUCCUGGCUUCAGACUGGUUGGACUGGACUCCCACGCUGUCGUUGCCCUGAUGAACUAUUCAGGAAGAAGAUGUUACCAAGUACUUCGGUGAAUUCCCCAGUGCAGGGGAACGGAGUGUUGAGUUCCAGGGAUGCAGCCAGACACACAGCCGGAGCAAAACGCUACAAAUACCUGAGGAGGCUAUUCCGUUUCCGGCAGAUGGACUUUGAGUUUGCUGCCUGGCAGAUGCUCUACCUAUUCACUUCCCCACAGAGAGUUUAUAGAAACUUUCACUAUAGGAAGCAGACGAAAGAUCAGUGGGCCAGGGAUGACCCGGCUUUCUUGGUCCUGUUAAGUAUCUGGCUCUGUGUGUCCACGAUAGGAUUUGGCUUUGUACUGGACAUGGGGUUUUUUGAGACGAUAAAGCUGCUCCUUUGGGUAGUAUUCAUAGACUGUGUAGGCGUCGGUCUUCUCAUAUCAACCUUAAUGUGGUUUAUCUCCAAUAAGUAUUUAGUGAAACGGCAGAGCAGAGACUAUGAUGUGGAGUGGGGCUAUGCCUUCGAUGUGCAUCUGAAUGCUUUUUAUCCUCUCCUGGUCAUUCUGCAUUUUAUACAGCUUUUUUUCAUCAACCAUGUCAUCCUAACAGACACAUUUAUUGGAUAUUUAGUUGGAAAUACCUUAUGGUUGGUUGCUGUUGGCUACUAUAUCUAUGUAACUUUCUUAGGAUACAGUGCACUGCCAUUUUUGAAAAACACGGUGACUCUUCUCUACCCGUUCGCACCGCUCAUCCUGCUCUACGGACUGUCUCUAGCACUGGGCUGGAACUUCACCCACGCACUGUGCUCCUUCUACAAGUACAGAGUGAAGUGAGCCGGGGGCCCCGGCGUCUGAGCAGCAGCAAAGUGUUGGUGAGGUGGUGAUGUCUCAUGAAACCUGUAAAUAAACUAUCACUGUAGAUAUCUUAAAGGUAUGAAGUUUGCAAAUUUGAAGAAGUGUAAAUGUUAAUACUUAGUACAUUCCUUAAAACUAAUUAAAUGUACAUUUCUACAAUAAAUAUUUUUUAAACUAAA